GGACACUUUGUCUGAGCCCACAGUUUCCUGUUAAAUGACUCUUUUGUCACUACCAUGGUUCACUCUUCCUCUUCACAUCUCUGCUUGACUCAUUUCAGAGGAAAGAUGCAGUCGCUGGACGUCUGUCUGAUUCUCCUGCUCAACGCUGGACGAGUCGCUGCGCAGCAGGAUGGAGGAGUGUGUUAUAUUCUGGAUGGGAUUCUGAUUGUUUACGGCAUUGUGUUGACCGUCCUUUACUGCAGAUUAAAGAUACGCUCGUCUAAAGAUAAAGCUUUCUCAGAGAAGCGAGAAGGAGACAUUUAUCAGGAUCUGGGAAGGCGAGAUGUGGACACCUACGACACUCUCCAUCCCGGGAAGAAAAAGCCGCCGGCCUGAGAAACCCUCAAACUGUGCAGCUCAUUCAGUGUUCAUGCCCCCAAAAACUGUAUUUUCCCUUUGUUUAUACGUAAGCAGACUAGCCUAGCUUUGUUGAUCAUGAGAUUCUGCUUUAUUGAACUUGUUUGCAUGUGUCUGUGAGACAAACUUCACAAUUAAUGUAUAAAAUACACGUGUAAGGCUCUUCAUUUUAACAUAAUAAAAUUAUAUUUUUUAACUUGGA